CCAUAAUGCAAAGCGAAGCAGCCACGUAAACGAUAACGUCCUCACGUCGCUGCCUGCUAGCUGCCUAUGAUUCCUGUAUGCGAAACAUGUCCAGUGCAGCCUAUUACACAUGACUACAUGAUGCAAAACUUUUUCAACAGCAAAUCAGUGGGACAGCCUCAUCUGUAAGAUGUCGACGGUGUUGUUUGCCUCUGUGGUUCGCGUGGCAGACGGCCUGCCUCUCUCAGCAUCCACUGACUACGAACUGGAGAAAGACCUCCAGGAGACGAAGAGGCAUCUAAAGGGUCUCUCCAAGAAGCUCAACCAGUUCCCUGACCGCGGUACGCUCAAGUCCGGACCGUACAAUGUGAACUUCAUAUACUCGCUGGGUGUUGGAUACCUGAUGGUCUGCACUGGAAGUUACCCUAAUGUGUUGGCCUUCUGCUUCCUGGACGAGCUGCAGAAAGAGUUCAUCAUCACUUAUGACUCCAAACGUGUCGGCAGCGCCGUGCGGCCGUACUCCUUCAUCGAAUUCGACACCUUCAUCCAGAAAACCAAGCAGCGCUACAACAGCCCUCGCUCCCUGUCCACAAAGAUCAACCUGGCUGACAUGCAGACCGAGAUCAAGCUGCGCCCGCCCUAUCAGCUUUCCCCAGAGGACCUGCAGGCUAUCAAUGGAUUCUCGGUGCGAGCCGCUUCUAAAUACAAGGGCAUAGCCCCCACGCAGAUGUUGGAGCCGGCGACGCUCCCAGGCCUUGUGUCCUGUGUGCUCAGCAUCCUCUGUGGAGGCCUGAACCUGCUGAGAGGCGUCCAUGCUAUAGAGAGCAUACUACAGAAUGAUGACGAGGACUUUAAUUAUGUGAUUGCCUUCUUCCUCGGCACGGCGGCCUGUCUGUAUCAGUGCUACCUGUUUGCCUACUUCUCCAUCUGGAGGAACAGCAAGUCCUUCUUGGCGUUUGCGCUCAUCUGUCUGUCCAACAUGUACCUGUAUGAACUGAGGAACAUUUGGCAGAUCCUCUUCCAUGUAGCCGUGGGGGCCUUCAUGACCCUGCAAAUCAGACUGAGGCAGCCGCUGGGCAAAGCACCUGACUACAAUGUCUGACAAAGAGCAAAAAAAAAAAAAAAAAAAGUAAGGCGCUGUGAGUCAGGUGCCCCAGCGCUGGUCCGUCAGACACACUGGAAGCAGAAACAAGCCUUCCAGAGGAAGAGGAGGAAGAGGAGGGGUGAGCAUUUCACCAGUGCAUAAAUGGAUCCGUCUCCAUUUGGAUUUGGAAAGGAAAGUCUGCUGCGGUCCGACUGCCUCAUGGAUUUUAUUGGAUUGAUUUUAGAAGCUGCCUCCUUUCGUUUAUUGCGUGAUGAUGAUUUAUGGAUUCUUUUGCACAGCUCUGAUUUAGGUCACAGGCAGGAUGUCCACGGCUGCAAACCCCAUGCGUUUGAAAAGAUGUUUUUUUUUUUUUCUUUCUUUACCGCAUUCUACGGAUAAAGAAAAUCCUAAUAAACCGAUGUAUGUUUUCAUCGUUGCAAUUAAAAUGAAGUGAAGUAGCUUUCAGAAGGCAUUGAAACUGAACUCAUAACCUUUUCCCCCUGUAUCUUCUUGUUAAACUGGCUCAUAUGUCAGCCGUGAGGUUUGUUAAAUGAAUCCUGAAACGAAUAACCUGAAACCACAUUUACACACCAGCAGAUAUUGAAUUGUCUUUAUAACUGGAGUGUGGAGUAUCUUACAUGUCUCUGUGUUUCAGGACGUCUCGUUGUAUUAAAUUGGUCCAAUCCUUGUCUCUGCAGAGCUUGACGACGUAUUUCAGCCAUUUAAAUCAGAUGUGUUGGAGCAGGGAAACGUCUAAAAUAUGUCAGAUACCGGUAUCUGUUUGAUUGAAAUUGGACUCGAUGACUUUUUAAAAAAAAUGUAAAAUCAGAGUUUCCGCCGCUUUUCUCUCCCCUGCUCUAAGCUCUCUCUCAAAGCAGCAGCACCGGUUGCUGACUGUGCUUUAUUUUUGGCUUUGUCUGGGGCAAAACUUUUGACUCAUUUUCUCAUAAAUGCAUUAGUCAGCAGCUUUGUGUGCUUUAGAGGCAUGCAGUUGGAUCGCAGAACCAAAUGGGCAACAUGUGUCGGGAGUUUCCUUUAAAUUUAUCUGAGGUCUGCUGUGAUCUUCACCCAGGUGGUUAAGAUGCAUCAGGAGUUUUUAAAUACAAAAGCAGCCUCAGCCUUAAAUUCUGUUGGCUAAUGCCUUUAUUAUUUUGAGGCUUGAUAUUAGCUGGUUGUGUUCAACACCCGCCUCCUGUUCCACGUUGGGAACUUUAAGCUGAUUGUGACGCAUAAAGAACAUGUCUGCCGAUUGAAAGGAUAAUCUGAACUUGUCUUGAAUAAUUAAAACUCCCGUUAAAUUUUACAGAAAAUCCCACAUCUCGUUUUAAAUCUUUCUUCUUUGGAAAAUAUCUACAUGGGAUUGUAUUACAAAAUGCUCUAUUACUAAUGCUUUGCAAGCAGGUGACGAUAAUGUCAGCAUGACCUACAUCAAAGCUCAAAAGACGUUCUGCAGUCCGGCUAAAGAUUGAAGCUCGUCUUUCUUUUCUUUGAUACCGUUUCCUCCUUUUUCUUUCCGGUCGUUUCAACUUUAGCUCACAUUUAAAGUCAUUUGGAAGUGGAGUCAGAAGAAACGAGACGGAUAUUAACUAACCCAUAAAAACUUGAGUUUUCCAGGACAGACGCCAGAGUGGGAUUGUGCAAAGUAUACCUCUAUGUCAUUGUUUGUAAUGGUGUCUAGAUACCAGUGCACAUGCAUAGUUUUUAAACUUUAAGAAGAACUUGUGUGGAUGCUGGACAUAUUUUGCAAGAUGUCCAAGUUGGUGUUGACAAUUAGGUGGAGAAUGUGUUAGAAUUUGCAUUGCGUUGCCAGUGUGUAUUUAUUUCAUUUGUAAGAGUUUGUGGCAAGAAAGUGAAGAAGCAAUCCGAAAACAAAUCUUUAGACUACAAGAGGUUAAAUUAGAAUAAAACUAAGAAAAGCUCCAGCAGGUAGUUUUUUUUACUUUGAUACCAAGAGGUAACAAUCUGAAAACACGCAGAGAAACUCAAUAAUCUGAAUCUCUUUUUCUUUUUUCUUUUUUUACCUUUCGUCCAUGUUCUGCCUACUUGCCCCCAUGCUUUCUUUUAAACCCAGUACUGGUAUUUCUUCAGCUGUAUCCACAGUAGGAAUGUCCAUUUUUGGUCUCGAGGUGAAACUAUGCAACGCUGCCUUCCUGUUUGAGUCACUCAAACUUUAAAUUAUUCACUAAUCAGGGGUAAAAACAGUCAUAUCAUAUGUUUUUUUUUGUUGUUGUCUUUUGCAAGAGCUCAUUAUUUAUUCAAUGACUGAUUUCAGUGCAAGAUGUAAUCAUUUCUGAACUUGGUGUUUUGUUUUUUUUAAUUGUAUAGACGUGUAUAAAUGUGUGCUUGUGACAACAUGAAGCUCCUGUCGGCUCAGACGGUUUGCAGCCGCAUCCUUCCUCGCCUACACAGCCUCGAGCGUAUGCCACUGUCACAAUGACUGUGUGAAUAAACACAUCCGUGUUGCCAACAGCAAA